UAGAGCAAUAAUAAUUAAAUAAGAAAAUACUAUUCCACUUAAUGAACGAUUUACUCAUUCCAACAAUCGACACUCACGAUCACUCAUGCACUAUCUGCAUUAGCAAAGCCGAAUCUGAGGAGAACCUUGGCAAAAUGAUGGAAGAAUACUAUGACAACUACAAGACCUCCCAAGACUUCGAAGGAAGUGACAUUCUCUGGUUAUAUGGAGAAGAGAUGGGAGAAUAUGACAGAGAAAUGUUCCACGAUUUCAAGGGCUUCAUUAAUAAGAUCUACGGAACCAUGAUCUUCAAGCACAAAGACUUGCAGUACACUGUCAUGAAUCAGUGCAAGAAGUACCAUGCUGACAAGUACGGCUUCCACCCAGCCAGCUACACUCUUAUGAAGGAGUUUGACCUUAUGCAAGAAGACAUUAGAGCUUCUGGAAGAGCAAAAUCUUGGAUUGCUAAGCCAUCUGAGGGAUUAGAAGGAUCCGAUAUCUUCUGUUUUGACACCUUUGAAGAGCUCAUGGCUAGAGGAGUCCAAGACGGUAUGGUCGCCCAGCAAUACAUCCACAACCCUCUGCUCCUCAAGGGCAGAAAGUGGGACGCCAGGAUGUACUUGAUCAUUCACGGAGUCAACCCAAUGAGAGGCUAUGUGACAUUUGACACCGGAUUUGCAAGAGUCUGCACUGACGAAUACGAAAGAGGCAAUGUAACCAACCCUCAUGCCACAAUCACUAACGGCCUCAGAAACAUCGACCACCCGAACUAUGUGUCAGAGCCAGAAAAUGAGGAAGACGAGGACCAAGUCUACCACAGAUACCCACUCACUCGUGCCUGGGAGCUCGUCUCCGAGAACCUUGAUGACCCCGAAGCCGAUCUUGAGAAAAUGAAGCAAGGAGUCAAAGACCUCGCGAACUCAUUGCUCAGGUGCUACAGAAGCUCUAUCGAAGCCGAACAAGCAGACUUCAUGGAGAUGGACGGCGCCAGAGACAAGAACGACAAGCUCUUCAACAUCCUCGGGCUCGACGUCAUGUUCGACGCUGACUUGAGGCCAUGGCUGUUCGAAACCAACAGAAACCCAGGCAUGUCACUGACUUACCCAAUGCUGAACGAAGAGGGAGUUGUAAUUCAGAAAAACUCUAAAAUAGCUACUGGAGUCAAGUGCAAUUUGAUCAACGAGGUUGCUAAGAUCCUAAUUGGCAAGGAAGACAGCAAAAGCUUUGCUAAGAUCUACGAUAGCUCUGAUCUUGAAGGAGGAGAUGCAGAUUUCAUCUACGAAAAAGUAUUCAGACUAUUCAAAAAUCUGUGUGGAACAAAACUGACAAGAACCCUAUCUAUCCACUCCUUCAUCAGCUACAUCAACCAAGUAGCUGAGGACUUCACUGAGGACAUCCACUGUGAUGAAGUAAUCAACAGAGUAGAGUUGAAGAGCCGGGAGGAACUCACUCUCCCAGAAUUCUUCUCUGGUCUGGAGGUUUUGGCAGAAACCGUAUCUAUGAGUCUACCUACUUUCCUAACUAGGAUCGAGGCGGAAUAA